AUGCGCCCUCAUAUGCAGCAAUCCUCCAUGAAUUUACCGAAAAGUAGUAGAAUCUCACACGUCUGCGACGCGUGUCGUCAGCGCAAAUUGAAGUGCAACAAGGAGAAGCCGUCGUGCUCACGAUGCGCCAAACUGGGCCUCCAAUGCGUCUACACCCCGUACCGAAAGAAGAACCACGAAGCAACCGCGGUCAAAACGCUGGAGUCCGAGAUCCAAUAUCUGCGGGCCCAACUGGCCGCGACGGCGUCGAUCUCGCGGUCCACGUCAGCAUCGCCCUCGACCUCUUGGCCCGCAACCUGCGGAUCCGCAGGUAGCGGCGAGGGGUCCGCCAAGGAACACGUUAUCGAUUGGGACGCUCUCGUGACCCCGGUCUAUAUCGACGGUGUCUGGAGAUCUCACUAUGCUCCUUUCACGGACUUGGCGCUGUUUGCCCGUGAUCCUCUUCUGACCGGACGGGUGGCAGAGUUAUUCGAGCAAGAGAUUGCGUCCCCCAAAACAACUAAUUUAAGCUUACACGAUGAUCUGUUUACCACGAUCCUCUCGAUUUUACCGAAUCCGCAAAUUUUGAGCGAGGCCAGAACGGCCUUCGCAACAACCAUAUACCCAAGUUAUCCGUUUAUCGACUUGGAAGUUUUUAACCAGUUUUUUGAUAAAAUUGUAUCGAAAUCUCCAUCCUUGGGAGACGGCCCGGAGUCGCCUUCCUUACUACUUUUGACACUGUCCGCUUUGUGUCUGACCAAGCAUCUCACGAUCGACCCAGACGUGCUACUUCAGUGGGCAGACAGUCUCCACGUCUCCAGAGCAGUGAGUGAAACCAAUCUGGCGUGCUUGCUGUACCUGAAACUGUGCUAUAGGCCUGGAGGCCCGAGCCUAACGCCCGGAGGCACUCUUUCGGAGUGCAUCAGAAAAAUGGCUCUUGAAAUGGGCCUAUAUUCGAGCUCGGGCCAUCUGGUCAACCGUAGAGUAAGACAACAUCUAUGGAUGGCCUGCGUGGUGCUGUCAGAACCCAACACGUUUGACGAGUAUCAUCUAGUGCAGUUCGGACGGGGACAACUCUCCCAGGACACCCCGCUUUCCCACCUAUACGAAGUAUCCACAAGAGUCUCCAAAGUCUGGAAAUGUGCCAUGACCGCGUCCGGCGAGUUGGACGAUGCUUUACUGGCCCUGUGCCAUUACAAUGACGCAAAAGUCACAGCUACACAGGCUAGAAGGUGCACCGACCUGAGAGUGGCCGGGUUGAAAUUCAACCUGCUCACAAUGCAAUUCCUACAGGACGAAAAGAGCCUGACCACCAACGAGGACGCCGUACGGGAAACAAGGCGCGCGUUUGACGAUGCCUGUCACCUGUUGAGCGUGUGCUCGGUUGAAAUGGAGAUGGCUUAUCCUUACUUAGCGGCGGCGAGCUUUUUGAUAAAGACGGUGGGUGCGUAUGCACUCGGCAUGUGUCCACGUCUGCUCGCCAAGUCUCGCCAUCUAGAGGCUCAAGAGCUGUCCAACGAAUUUGAACGUGUUGUGCAGACGUGGUCGCCAACUUUCGAGUGGUGUCAAAAGAUACGCCAUGUGCUGAAAGUGGUGACCGAUGGUGCUUCGCAGAGCUCCAGCCUGUUUUCAGGAGGGCAUGCGCAACAACAGCUCUCGAACAACGCCCUGGAGGUGGACCCCAUCAAGCUUUUGGAAGAGGCGCUGCCGCCAGCGACGCAACAGCUACCGCAGCCCAUCAUCGACCCGAACGACUUGUCACCGUCGCUGUCGUCGGACUCCGUGGACAGUUAUCUGGGAGACUCUUUCGCGGAGCUGGAAGGGCCAUGGCGUCUUAUAAGUUCCGAAAGUGUGUCGACGUCGUCAACCGACGGUGGUGCCCACGAUUUUGAUUUCGAUUACUUUUUGAAGUAUCAACUAAACCCAUCCUCUUCUAUACACACAUUAUAUAAUUAA